AUGUUCUUCUACCUCUUUCUUUUCUUUCAAUAUUCUUCUUACCCUCUUUCUUUUCUUUCAAUAUUCUUCUUAUCCUCUUUCUUUUCUUUCAAUAUUCUUCCUUUUCUUUCUUUUCUUUUUCCACCUCUCUUUCUCUUUCCUUUCAAUAUUCUUCUUCCCCUCUUUCUUUUCUUUCAAUAUUCUUCUUACCCUCUUUCUUUUUCUUUCAAUAUUCUUCUUAUCCUCUUUCUUUCAUUCAAUAUUCUUCCCUUUAUAUUCUUCUUUUCUUUCAAUAUUCUUCUUAUCCUCUUUUCUUUCCAUUCAAAUAUUCUUCUUCUUACUCUCUUUCUUUUCUUUCAAUAUUCUUCUUACCCUCUUUUCUUUCCUUUCAAUAUUCUUCUUAUAUUCUUCUUUCUUUCCUUUCAAUAUUCUUUCUUAUUCUCUUUCUUUUCCUUUCAAUAUUCUUCUUACCCCUCUUUUUUUUUCUUUCAAUAUUCUUCUUACCCUUUUCUUUUCUUUCAAUAUUCUUCUUAUCCUCUUUCUUUUCUUUCAAUAUUCUUCUUACCCCUCUUUCUUUUCUUUCAAUAUUCUUUUCUUAUCCUCUUUUCUUUUCUUUUUCAAUAUUCUUCUUACUCUCUUUCUUUCCUUUCAAUCUUUAUUCUUUACCCUCUUUCUUUUCUUUCAAUAUUCUUCUUACUCUCUUUCUUUUCUUUUCAAUAUUCUUCUUACCCUCUUUCUUUCCUUUCAAUAUUCUUUUUCCCUCUUUCUUUCCUUUUUCAAUAUUCUUCUUACUCUCUUUCUUUUCUUUCAAUAUUCAAUAUUUUCUUAUCCUCUUUCUUUUCUUUCAAUAUUCUUUCUUACCCUCUUUCUUUUCCUUUCAAUAUUCUUAUUACCCUCUUUCUUUUCUUUCAAUAUUCUUCUUACCCUCUUUCUUUUCCUUUCAAUAUUCUUCUUACCCUCUUUCUUUUCUUUCAAUAUUCUUCUUACCCUCUUUCUUUUCUUUCAAUUUUCUUCUUACCCUCUUUCUUUUCUUUCAAUAUUCUUCUUUCUCUUCUUUUCUUUCAAUUCUUCUUCCUCUCUUUCUUUUCUUCCUCUUUCUUUCCUUUCAAUAUUCUCUUCUUUUUCUUUUCUUUCAAUAUUCUUCUUACCCCUUUCUUUCUUUCAAUAUUAUUUUCAAUAUUCUUCUUUCAAUAUUCCUCCUUUCAAUAUUCUUCUUCUUUCUUUUCUUUCAAUAUUCUUCUUAUCCUCUUUCUUUUCUUUCAAUAUUCUUUUCCCUCUUUCUUUCUUUUCUUUCAAUAUUCUUCUUACCCUCUUUCUUUCCUUUCAAUAUUCUUCUUACCCUCUUUCUUUUCUUUCAAUAUUCUUCUUACCUUUCUUUUCUUUCAAUAUUCUUCUUACCCUCUUUCUUUUCUUUCAAUAUUCUUCUUACUCUCUUUCUUUCCUUUCAAUAUUCUUCUUACCCUCUUUCUUUCCUUUCAAUAUUCUUCUUACCCUCUUUCUUUCCUUUCAAUAUUCUUCUUACCCUCUUUCUUUUCUUUCAAUAUUCUUCUUACCCUCUUUCUUUUCUUUCAAUAUUCUUCUUACCCUCUUUCUUUUCUCUCAAUAUUCUUCUUAUCCUCUUUCUUUUCUUUCAAUAUUCUUCUUACUCUCUUUCUUUUCUUUCAAUAUUCUUCUUACCCUCUUUCUUUCCUUUCAAUAUUCUUCUUACCCUCUUUUUUUUCUUUCAAUAUUCUUCUUACCCUCUUUCUUUUCUCUCAAUAUUCUUCUUUCUUUUCUUUCAAUAUUCUUUUCUUUUUCUUUCAAUAUUCUUCUUACCCUCUUUUCUUUCCUUUCAAUAUUCUUCUUUACCCUCUUUUCCUUUUCUUUCAAUAUUCUUCUUACUCUCUUUCUUUCCUUUCAAUAUUCUUCUUACCCUCUUUCUUUCCUUUCAAUAUUCUUCUUACCCUCUUUCUUUUCUUUCAAUAUCCUUCUUACUCUCUUUCUUUUCUUUCAAUAUUCUUCUUACCCUCUUUCUUUUCUCUCAAUAUUCUUCUUGUCCUCUUUCUUUUCUUUCAAUAUUCUUCUUACCCUCUUUCUUUCCUUUCAAUAUUCUUCACCCUUUUUCUUUCUUUUUUUAUUCUUCUUAUCCUCUUUUUUUCUCUUAUUCUUCUUACCCUCUUUCUUUUCUUUCAAUAUUCUUCUUACCCUCUUUCUUUUUUUUCAAUAUUCUUCUUACCCCCUCUUUUCUUUUCUUUUCAAUAUUCUUCUUAUCUCUUUCUUUUCUUUCAAUAUUCUUCUUACCCUCUUUCUUUUCCUUUCAAUAUUCUUCUUACCCUCUUUCUUUCCUUUCAAUAUUCUUCUUACUCUCUUUCUUUUCCUUUUCAAUAUUCUUCUUACCCUCUUUCUUUUCUUUUCAAUCCUCUUUCUUUCUUUCAAUAUUCUUCCCCUUUUUUUUCCUUUCAAUAUUCUUCUUACCCUCUUUCUUUUCCUUUCAAUAUUCUUCUUACCCCUCUUUUCUUUCCUUUUCAAUAUUCUUCUUACCCUCUUUCUUUCCUUUCAAUAUUCUUCUUACCCUCUUUCUUUUCCUUUCAAUAUUCUUCUUACCCUCUUUCUUUCCUUUCAAUAUUCUUCUUACCUCUUUCUUUUUCUUUCUUUCCUUUCAAUAUUCUUCUUAUUCUUCUUCUUUUCUUUUCUUUCAAUAUUCUUCUUACCUCUUUUCUUUCCUUUUUCAAUAUUCUUCCUACCCUCUUUCUUUCCUUUCAAUAUUCUUCUUACCCUCUUUCUUUCCUUUUUCAAUAUUCUUCUUACCUCUUUCUUUCCUUUUCAAUAUUCUUCUUACCCUCUUUCUUUCCUUUCAAUAUUCUUCUUACCCUCUUUCUUUUCUUUCAAUAUUCUUUUUACCCUCUUUCUUUUCUUUCAAUAUUCUUUUUACCCCUUUCUUUCUUUUCUUUCAAUAUUCUUUCUAACCCUCUUUCUUUCUUUCAAUAUUCUUCUUACCCUCUUUCUUUUCCUUUCAAUAUUCUUCUUACCCUCUUUCUUUUUCUUUCAAUAUUCUUCUUUUCUCUCUUUCUUUCCUUUCAAUAUUCUUCUUACCCUCUUUCUUUCCUUUCAAUAUUCUUCUUCUUUCCCUUUCUUUCUUUCCUUUCAAUAUUCUUCUUACCUCUUUCUUUCCUUUCAAUAUUCUUCUUACCCUCUUUCUUUCCUUUCAAUAUUCUUCUCUUUCCUCUUUCUUUCCUUUUCAAUAUUCUUCUUACCUCUUUCUUUCCUUUCAAUAUUCUUCUUACCCUCUUUCUUUCUUUUUCAAUAUUCUUCUUACCCUCUUUCUUUUCUUUCAAUAUUCUUCUUAUCCUCUUUCUUUUCUUUCAAUAUUCUUCUUUUCCUUUCAAUAUUUUCUUUUCUUUCAAUAUUCUUCUUACCCUCUUUCUUUUCUUUCAAUAUUCUUCUUACCCUCUUUUCUUUCUUUUUCAAUAUUCUUCUUCCCUCUUUCUUUCCUUUCAAUAUUCUUCUUACCUCUCUUUCUUUCAAUAUUUUCUUACCCUCUUUCUUUUCUUACUUCCUCUUUCUUUCCUUUCAAUAUUCUUCUACCCCUUUUCUUUCCUUUCAAUAUUCUUCUUACCUCUUUCUUUCCUUUCAAUAUUCUUCUUACCCUCUUUCUUUCCUUUCAAUAUUCUUCUUUCUACCCUCUUUUCUUUUUUCUUUCAAUAUUCUUCUUAUCUCUUUCUUUUCUUUCAAUAUUCUUCUUACUCUCUUUCUUUCUUUCAAUAUUCUUCUUACCCUCUUUCUUUCCUUUCAAUAUUCUUCUUACCUCUUUCUCCUUUCAAUAUUCUUUUUACCCUCUUUCUUUCCUUUCAAUAUUCUUCUUACCCCUCUUUCUUUUCUUUUCAAUAUUCUUCUUACCCUCUUUCUUUUCUCUCAAUAUUCUUCUUACCCUCUUUCUUUUCCUUUCAAUAUUCUUCUUUCUUUCCUCUUUUUCUUUCCUUUCAAUAUUCUUCUUUACCCUCUUUCUUUCCUUUCAAUAUUCUUCUUACCCUCUUUCUUUCCUUUUCAAUAUUCUUCCUCUUUCUUUCCUUUUCAAUAUUCUUCUUACCUCUUUCUUUUUCCUUUCAAUAUUCUUCUUACCCUCUUUCUUUCCUUUCAAUAUUCUUCUUACCCUCUUUCUUUUCUUUCAAUAUUCUUCUUACCCUCUUUCUUUUCCUUUCAAUAUUCUUCUUACCUCUUUCUUUCCUUUCAAUAUUCUUCUUACCCUCUUUCUUUCCUUUCAAUAUUCUUCUUACCCUCUUUCUUUCCUUUCAAUAUUCUUCUUACCCUCUUUCUUUCCUUUCAAUAUUCUUCUUACCCUCUCUUUCUUUCCUUUCAAUAUUCUUCUUACCCUCUUUCUUUUCUUUUCAAUAUUCUUCUUACCCUCUUUCUUUCCUUUUCAAUAUUCUUCUUACCCUCUUUUUUUUCUUUUCAAUAUUCUUCUUACCCUCUCUUUUCUUUUCCUUUCAAUAUUCUUCUUACCCUCUUUCUUUCCUUUCAAUAUUCUUCUUACCCUCUUUCUUUUCUUUCAAUAUUCUUCUUACCCUCUUUCUUUCCUUUCAAUAUUCUUCUUACCCUCUUUCUUUCCUUUCAAUAUUCUUCUUACCCUCUUUCUUUUCUUUCAAUAUUCUUCUUACCCUCUUUCUUUCCAUUCAAUAUUCUUCUUACACUCUUUCUUUCCUUUCAAUAUUCUUCUUACCCUCUUUCUUUUCUUUCAAUAUUCUUCUUACCCUCUUUCUUUUCUUUUCAAUAUUCUUCUUACCCUCUUUCUUUUUCUUUCAAUAUUCUUCUUACCCCUCUUUUUUUCUUGCCCUCUUUCUUUCCUUUCAAUAUUCUUCUUACCCUCUUUCUUUUCUUUCAAUAUUCUUCUUACCCUCUUUCUUUUCCUUUCAAUAUUCUUCUUACCUCUUUCUUUUUCUUUCAAUAUUCUUCUUACCCUCUUUCUUUUCCUUUCAAUAUUCUUCUUACCCUCUUUCUUUUCUUUCAAUAUUCUUCUUGCCCUCUUUCUUUCCUUUUCAAUAUUCUUCUUACCCUAUUUCUUUUCUUUCAAUAUUCUUCUUACCCUCUUUCUUUUCUCUCAAUAUUCUUCUUACCCUCUUUCUUUCCUUUCAAUAUUCUUCUUACCCUCUUUCUUUUCUUUCAAUAUUCUUCUUACCCUCUUUCUUUUUCUAUUCAAUAUUCUUUUUCUUACCCUCUUUCUUUUCUUUUCACUAUUCUUCUUACCCUCUUUCUUUUCUUUCAAUAUUCUUCUUACCCUCUUUCUUUUCUUUCAAUAUUCUUCUUACCUCUUUCUUUCCUUUCAAUAUUCUUCUUACCCUCUUUUCUUUUCUUUUCUUUCAAUAUUCUUCUUACCCUCUUUCUUUUCUUUUCAAUAUUCUUUCAAUAUUCUUCUUAGCCUCUUUUUUUUUUCUUUUUCAAUAUUCUUCUUACCCUCUUUCUUUCCUUUCAAUAUUCUUCUUACCCUCUUUCUUUUCUUUCAAUAUUCUUCUUACCCUCUUUCUUUUCUUUCAAUAUUCUUCUUACCCUCUUUCUUUUCUUUCAAUAUUCUUCUUACCCUCUUUCUUUUCUUUCAAUAUUCUUCUUACCCUCUUUCUUUUCUUUCAAUAUUCUUCUUUAUCCUCUUUCUUUCUCUCAAUAUUCUUCUUACCCUCUUUCUUUUCUUUCAAUCUUCUUCUUACCCUCUUUCUUACCCUCUUUCAAUAUUCUUCUUUCCCCUCUUUCUUUUCUUUCAAUAUUCUUCUUACCCUCUUUCUUUUCUCUCAAUAUUCUUCUUUCCCUCUUUCUUUUCUCUUUCUUUUCUUUCUUCUUACCCUCUUUCUUUCCUUUCAAUAUUCUUCUUACCCUCUUUCUUUUCUUUUCAAUAUUCUUCUUACCCUCUUUCUUUUCUCUCAAUAUUCUUCUUACCCUCUUUCUUUUCUCUCAAUAUUCUUCUUACCUUUUUCUUUCCUUUAUUCCUUACCCAAUAUUCUUCUUACCUUCUUUCUUUUCUUUUUUAUUCUUCUUACCCUCUUUCUUUUCUUUCAAUAUUCUUCUUACUUUCUUUCUUUUCUUCCUCAAUAUUCUUCUUACCCUCUUUUCUUUCCUUUCAAUAUUCUUCUUACCCUCUUCUUUCUUUUCUUACCCUCUUUCUUUAUUCUUCUUUCCCCUCUUUCUUUUCUUUCAAUAUUCUUCUUACCCCUCAAUAUUCUUUCUUUUCUUUUCAAUAUUCUUCUUACCUUUUUUUUUUUUCUCUUCAAUAUUCUUCUUACUCCUCUUUCUUUUUCUUUCAAUAUUCUUUUUCUUUAA